CAGCCUUGGCCGAGUCUGAUUGCACGAAGGCCCCGUGGGGCAUCGCCAGACGAUCCAUCGACGAGCCUUAUUUACGCGCCGAGCUGGAGACGACGACAGGGGUCACAAAGCCUGAACCAUCUUGAACUCAUUUUCUCCCCUUGUGUCGCUUCACGAGAUCACCGGCCGCCGUGCACGCGUCGCACCGUCGCAUGGGCCGCCGUCCGUCUUCUCAACGUUUCUUCAACACAGACACGGAUCGCCGCGACGAAGCGUUCCCAUUCUCGGUUGGCGGUGUCUUGGAGAACAGGAUGACAUGUCACAUCAUGAGACAUGGACCCUUCCCACGCUACGCCAGCGGCCCAGCGUGGAUGAGCAGGAUCAUGCUCCUCUCUCACGGCAUCCAGCGGCAUGUCUUAGACGCGGCUAACCUGCCCCCACUCCUCCGCACCGUGCGGGGGGCCCUGUUUCCCAACAACAUGCCCGCCGGCAAACCGACGCUGGUCGCUCCCUCUUCCGACGCCGAGCUCCGCGAACUCAGGCGCAGGUGCGCUAGCGCGAUUUGGGCGCUUGUUCCGAAGGGGAUGGGAAGGCUGUAUUUUGGCGGUGGCCUACUGCGCGCUAAUUCCAAUUCGAGAGCGAGCAGUGUCAAAACGGAAGGAUCUGCGGAGCUGAAGACAGCUGUGGGAAGGGGCAUGGGCAGGGACAAGGGUCCUUUGUCAUCGUCAUCUUCAAAGGUGGACGAAGCCAAGGAAAAAGCAAGGCUGAUCCAAACGGCGCCAGCACAGACGAAGGAAGCACGAGGACAGGGACGGCCAAGAUCAGGAUCUCCGUCCCAGUCCCGGUCCCGGCGGUCCGCUCCCGCUCCGAGGCCGAAGACCGGCGGUCAGGGUUCUGCUGCUGCUAGCGCUGACCCACCAUCGCCGCCGGCGCCGCCGCCGCCGUCGCCGUUGCCCAAGACCGCUAGUGCGAGUGAGGAAGCGACGGGCGGCAUGGCGUCGACGGGGCCACUGACGCAAGCGAGAGAGGGGGGAUCUCGUCAGGAUCGAGAUUACGACGGUGCUGAUGACGAGGAGAUCCUGGUGGAGAUUGAGCGGGGCAUUUUGGACGUGUUUUCAGAUGCUUACUGCAAUCGGCAUUUGGUGUAUGGCAUCCUGGAGCUCGUCCUGGCGAGGCUCCUCCCGGAGCUGACGGAGAAGGGGGUUUUGGAGCUCUGGGCCGAGCGGCUUUCCGUGGAUGGCUCAUAAGUCGCCUAGUUAAUGUCAUACGGCUGUCAAAAUCUCGACGAAACUGAUGUGUCUCAAAAUGCAGAGGGCCGCCCAGACUUGUGUGUGAUUUGCCAGAGUACCGCCCCCAAACUAACUGGUUUGGUUGGCUGGACUCGAGAGGUCAUGCGGUCGCAGGCCGGCCUUUU